AUGUCUGUCAAGAGUUCAAAAUCGUCAAAGGUUGCCUACAUGCAGGAGGAGGACGACCUGGGAAAUGUCCAUGGAGAUGUCACAUACGCCGCAUCAGCUGCGCCCAGUCCCUCCAAAGAACGCAUGAACAUCAGUAGAAAAAAGUCCCGCCGCGACGUGUCCCCAUCGGCCGCCAACCACUUCACGGACUCCGACUCGACUGCCCAUCCGAGGCGUCGCGAGUCAAGAUCUAGCAAGUCCUCAAGACCACGCGGCGACAGAGACAGGUCCGUCCCGCCCGAGAAACAAGCCCUCACCCGCCCGGCAACGCGGCAUUCGAAGAGCUCCCCGGUCAUCGAGACCGCAUCUCAACGCCGCCGAUCGCGCGACAACCCAGAAGCGGUGUACUAUGGGGCCGAUCCUGCCUCCAUCGCAUCCGCCCAGGCUCGCCCGCGGUCAAAGACGGCUGCGCCGCGGCCUAAUUCCGCCUACCACGCGUCCUCUCGCCCUCCUCUCUCGAACUCGCGAUACCACUCGCUGCAUCCGUCACAACCGCCACAACCGUCCGGCAUGCUGCCCCCAUCCGCUUUUAUGACCCCGCCGCCACCACCGCAGCAGUGGCAGCCACAUCCCCUGCCCCCGCACGGCUACGGCAUGAUGCCACCACCCCAGCCACCAAUGCACCCGCUUGGGCCGCCUGGGCCGCCUGGGCCAGCGUUCCACCACGAGACUUUCUCACCUCCGGCACCUCCUAGCAAUGGCGGCAUGCGGGGACUUCAACAGCGCUUUGCUCACGGUCGCCCACAGACAUCAAUGGGACACCGCCCGCCGCCGACUGUCGAGUAUGGCAAUCCAGACGGAUUCGAGCCAGAAUCUGACUUGAGCCGCGAUAUGCGUCGCCUUUCCAUGAGCCACGGCCUAGGCUCUCACCUUGAGUAUGGCAUGAUGCAUAUACCGCGGACGCGCCGCGAAAGCAUCGAUCCUUACCAGUUGGAACCGCGACAUUAUGUAACCGAGGUAGCGGGCACAAUGGGCAGUCGUCGGAACUCAUACUACGGGGAGCAGCCCAUUUUGCCUGGCAAUGCGUUGGAUGAGAAGCUUCGGUUUGCCAGCUCAUACCAGGAUAAAACGACCGGUAUGGCGACGGCAGGCAUGCGCCUCACAGAAGAAAUGCUGUACGAAGCUAGCCGGCGCGGCGGUCCCAAGAGCCGGUCAACCCGCAGCUCUGGCAGCCGCGACGAAAGCGACUGGCGGCAGUCAGCCACGACGAGAACAACGCGGUCCAGCAAUGAAGAAGACCUGACCAUCCGGGUCAGGGGCAAUGCUGUCUUCAAGUAUGGCGAAACAGAAAUGCAUUGCCAGGACGGCACCGAGAUCAACAUCCGUGGCCCACCACUAGGUAGACGGAUCGGUAGCAGCGACAAGGCCAGCUUCGCGGAAAUAGAUGACCGCAGAGGGCGCCAUGACUACCCUGCUCUGCGCAGCCGUGCGGCCUCCCAGUCUAGGUCCGUCUAUGCACCGACAGCUGCACCAUAUGAGUACAACUACGACGGGGCCCUGGACUACACAGGUGCUCCCUUUGAUCCACUUCCAGCACCCGGGUCCUGGAUAUGA